AUGAAGUCAAUUGACUCAAAUGCUUCAUCUCUUUGGCGCAUGGAGUCUCUAGGCAUCCCUCCAUCAGGGACAUACCCUGUGUUCAUAGCAGGGCUCUUCACCUACUGCUUCAUCCUAACCUGUAACAUCACUGUUCUGUUGGCCAUCGGCCUGGACCACCAUUUGCACAAGCCCAUGUAUGUGCUACUCUUUAACCUGUCUGUUAAUGAUGUGCUGGGAGCCACAGCCCUGUUUCCACAGCUCAUCUCCAGUAUUUUAUGGCAGAACCGUGACAUUUCCCCAGCAGCGUGUCUGUUCCAGGCUAUACUUGUACAUUUCUAUGGUUCUGCUGCCAUAAUCAUCCUCUCUGUGAUGGCCUAUGACCGCUAUGUGGCCAUCUGCCGCCCACUGCUCUAUCAUUCAGUCAUGACCUCCAGCAAACUGAGAACAAUCAUAGUGGCCAUCUGGACCACUAACACCAUUGUCAUUGGAGUUCUGUUCCUCUUGUUGGCUCGAUUUCGGUUCUGUCGAAAUUUUAUAAAUGAUCCGUGUUGUAGCAACCCCUCUCUGGCAAAGAUGAUUUGUGAAGAUACCAGUGCCAAUAAUUACUAUGGUCUGGCAUUGACAAUUUCUUUUCUAGUGGCGUCAACCGCUCUCGUGGUGUUCACCUACAUCCACAUCCUAAUUACCUGCUUGUUUAAUAAGCAGGCAGACACAAAGAGCAAAGCCAUCCGCACCUGUGCAACUCAUCUUGUGGUUUUUAUUACAUAUCAAAUCAAUGUAUGUUUCUUUAUUCUUUCUCACAGACUUGAUCAGGUAUCACCCUACCUACGCAGGUCUGCAGGAGUUUCCAUCUUAGUCUUUCCACCCAUUAUGGACCCCCUCGUAUAUGGCCUUAACACUAAAGAGAUCAGGAAUAAGGUCAUAUAUAUGUUCAGGAAACACUGUGUGUCCAGCCAAAAAAUGCUGAGGUCUGGACUUUAA